AUGGGUCAGUCCAGCUAUCUGGAGGGCGUGGACUCUGCUCUCGUCGUGAAAGCUCUCGCUGGUACUUGGGCAUUGUGGUACCUCUGGGGUGUCUUCUACAACAUUUUUCUUCAUCCUCUGGCCAAUGUUCCGGGACCGUUGCUGUGUAAAUUCAGCAAGAUACCCUGGGACUACUGGCAAUGGACCGGUCGCCUUCCCCAGCACACGGCCAAGGUGCACGCCCAGUACGGCGAGGUUGUCCGAAUCGGCCCCAACGAACUCAGUUUCACCAACAACGCGGCGUGGAAUGACAUCUUUGCCAAAGUGCCUGGUCGCGCACAGUGGCCGCGCCACCCCAAGCGGGUGCCCCAGGGCAAGAAUGGUCCUCAAAGUAUCAUGAACACUGCGGGAACCUACCAUGCUCGUUUCCGCCGACUGCUGAACUUUGCAUUCUCCGAGAAGGGUCUCCAAGAGCAGCAACACCUCAUCACCAAGUAUAUCGAUCUCUUCAUCAACAAGGUAGACGAGUUUGCGCAAAAAGGCCAGUCAAUUGACGUGACCAAGUGGUUUGUGAUGGUGGGCUUCGACGUCAUCAGUGACCUGGGCUGGAGUGAACCGUUCAACUGCGUGGAAAAUGGCCAGGUUCACGAAUGGAUGAAAACCUUUGCCGAGACCGCCUUCGAUACCCAGCUCAAGUUCCUCUUCCGUGAGCGAGGGUUGAUGUUCCUGGCACCGUACUUCAUCCCCAUGAAGCUCCAGCUCGCCCGUCUCAAUAACUUCAAGUAUGCCCGCGCUCGAGUCGAGGAUCGUAUCAAGACGGGCGGCACCCGCGGAGACUUCUGGGACAGGAUUGCGAUCAAAAGCGCCGACGACAACGCAGGCGGCGAGGGCUUGACUAAGGAAGAGAUGAUCGUUGCCGCUGUGACCCUGGUGGGCACCGGCUCCCAUACCAUCUCAACGCUGCUCACCGGUCUGGCUUACUUCCUCGGUACCAACCCUCAUGCCAUGAAGUCGCUCACCGAUGAGAUCCGUUCUUCCUUCAACUCGCCCGAGGAGAUUGACCUAGUCUCCGUGCACAAGCUGAAGUAUCUUACUGCGUGUCUCAACGAGACUAUGCGGCUGUACCCACCAGUCAUCAACAUGCUUUGGCGAACCCCGCCCCGUGGCGGUGGUUACGCCUCUGGCAUUUUCAUUCCCGAGGGAACGGGAUGCAACAUGUCCUUCUUUGGAAUUGCCCAGAACCCCGACUACUUCACGCGCCCGCUCGAUUUCUGCCCCGAACGCUUCAUGCCCGACCCGCCGGCCGAAUUCCUUGGUGACAAUCACGAGGCAUAUCAUCCGUUCAGUUUGGGCGCGUACAACUGCCUGGGCCAGAACCUCGCCAAUGCCGAGUCCCGAUUGAUCAUGACCAAGCUUCUGUGGUACUUUGACUUUGAGCUGGAUGGCAACGUCGACAAGGAUUGGCUGGAUCAGAAGUCAUUUGGCGUGUUCAUCAAGAAAGAUCUCCCGGUGAAAUUCCGCCCCGGUCCCAAUGCGAGGAGCGGCGUAAAUGGCAAAGCUGUCAAGAUCAAUGGCCACGCAAACGGUGCCACAAACGGUGGCGCGCACUAA